AGACAAAACCAACAGAUAACGGAGGGAAGGCAGCCAAAAUGGGAAUGAUUGAGGGUGAUUCCAAUAGAAACAACAACACAACGCGAGUGUGGGAUCUCUCUCGUGUUUCGCGUGUGCGUGCGUCACCGGUCAGUGGCAGCCGUGGAUCAUUUCGGGGGUAACGAAUCACCGCGCAGACCUAUGGCGGAGCAGGGCUGCGGGAGGGGGGAGGGCACGGAAUGCGAGGCGGACUUGACUCCAUUUGUAAUGAAGGGUCUCGGAAAGGGGUCUCAGAUUAAGAGUCGCCGUCGCAGCCGGGUCACCGCGGAUCCUAAGGAGAGAGCGAAGCGGAGAGACAAGGAGACCCCAGCCGCUCGUCGGUGGGCGCACCGGGGAGAGAUUCACGGGUUGCAACGAGACGGCGAGAGGAGCGAGAGACGGCACGAAUAAGGCGCGGGAGACGUGGAUUCUGUCUCCGGGGAACGAGCGGAGCAACGUUUGCUCGCCUGCAUGUCCAAGAAGGCUUUUGCCGGGAAUGAAAAAAAAGCUCGUAUAAAAACAAGCAAAAAUACGCAGAUGAGCUGUUUUGCGUGAACGCUGAAGCCAGGAGAAGGAUGAGCGUGUUUUCUGCAGGGAGCGGGGGACUGUGAGGCAAAGGCCCACGGAGAGACCACCGGAGACACAGAAAAGCAGGGGGGUCAUGGCGAACGGAGGGGACCAGUUCGGCCUCGCAGAUCGCCCGGACUCGGACUGCCUGGACUCUCCAAAGGAGAGCAAACAGGAAAAUCUCAGCUUCACUUUAAAAUCAGCUGCUUCGCCGCAGACAGCCUCCAGCCGGGUAGCGGCCUCUGCUGCGGAUCCUGAUGGCAUGGAAGGGAUCAAAGUUGUCCUUCACGACAGGGAGCUCUGGACCAAGUUCGACGAAGUGGGAACUGAAAUGAUCAUCACGAAGGCUGGAAGUUUUCUUUUUACAUGUGUUCCCUGCAGGAGGAUGUUUCCCAGCUACAAAGUCAAAGUCACAGGACUCAAUCCAAAGACCAAGUAUAUACUCCUGAUGGACAUCGUGCCCGGAGAUGACCAUCGCUACAAAUUUGCAGACAAUAAAUGGUCUGUGACAGGCAAAGCAGAGCCCGCGAUGCCCGGCAGGCUCUACGUCCACCCGGACUCUCCUGCCACCGGGGCGCACUGGAGCCGCCAGCUUGUCUCCUUCCAGAAGCUCAAACUCACCAACAACCACCUGGACCCCUUUGGACACAUAAUACUCAACUCCAUGCACAAAUACCAACCUCGUCUCCACAUCGUCAAAGCGGAUGAAAACAACGGCUUCGGCUCAAAGAACACAGCUUUCUGCACACAUGUGUUCCCAGAGACUGCCUUCAUCGCUGUGACAUCUUAUCAGAACCACAAGAUCACGCAGUUGAAGAUAGAGAAUAAUCCUUUUGCCAAGGGAUUCAGAGGCAGUGACGACAAUGAGCUGCAUCGCAUGGCCAAGCUUCAAGGUAAAGAUUACCCCGUCGUUCCUCGCAGUACUGUCCGUCAGAAAGCUUGCUCUGCGGGGAGUCCCUUCAGCGGGGACAGUCGAGGUCUGCAGGGCUCUCCCGACGCCAUCGGGUCCCCCUUCAGCUGUGAGAACGGCUUGAACUGUGGCAGUCCUCAGGAGCUGCUGAGCGCCCCGCCUGUGCACUACACCCACCCUCUGCCACACCUGCAGCCCGGCCAGCAGCCGCAGGGCUACAGCUACAGCAAGAGGAAAGCAGAAGAAAACUGCUCUCCGAGGAACCACCACCCUCCAUACAAGAAGCCCUUCGCUGGUGGUUCGCCCAGCGAGGAGGAGUCCUACUACCACCCGUCCUCCUACCCCGCCCCUCCGCCCGCUUUGUCAAACCUCCCGACUCUUGGUCUCACCGACUCCCCCUACAGCUCGGACAUGGGACAGCGUCAGGCGUGCAUGUUUGCCGGCUCCGAGCACAGAAUGGAUGAAUUCAGCUGCACGUCCUGGUCGUACACCUGCCCGCUCCCCACCGCCAUGACCCCAGUGGAACCCUACCCGCCUUACACCCCCCACCCCCCCUACAGCUCCAGCCCCCAGGGCUCUCGACUGAGCGCCCUAGCCCACCAGCGCUCUCCGUCGCUGGGCGAGAACAUCCCCCACGAUCCCUUCCAGAGUCAGAGCUCGGACCCUCGGUCUCAGAGCACCCAGAGCGUUCCCAGCAGACAGCUCGGCUCUCCGCUCAGAGAGUAUCCCCGCUACACGCCCAAUCUGUCGCCGCCUCUCUAUCACACUCUGGACGCCCACACACACAUCAGGUGUGGAGUCCCAGAAUGGAGUGCAGCCUCCUAACCACACCAUACAGACAGAGUCGACAUAAACUCCCCGGUUUCCUUAUGGAAAUGCUGCAACGUGCAAACUGAGAUACUUUUGUAAAGUUGUUGUGAACACUGUGACGUUGCGCUGUGUAAGUCAUGUCCCUCCUCUCUGCUGGAAGGAGCCGCAGAUUAUUAAGGACCUAACUUGGACAUAAGGGAAAUGUAGCCACUUCCAGACAACCUGA